AUGUUCCAAAAAGCAGUGGCCUUACUUGAAAAAAUGGAUGCAGCCUUGCACAUAGCCACUCUAAGAGAUGUGCUUGUGGCCAGAAAACAAGAGCUGUUCGUGACAACGGAUGUUAAACGUCAUCUCCAAGAGCUUGUUGAAGCUGGUAGCAUCAAAGAAAAUGAUUUCAUGAAAGUGGUGUGUGACUUCUAUGGAACCUGCAUAGAAUACCUCGAGAAAUGGCAAGAUAGCUAUGGAGCUACUGCAAACCUGAAAUGGGUACUGCUGCGAAAAAUGCCAGAAUGGCAAGAAAUUCAAAGCAGCCUCGAAGAAUUGCUGUCAUUCCUUGAGCUUACAACAAAAGAAGACUUUGAAGAGGCACUAUUUCACCAGUGGACCAUUGUCAAGAAAAGCAUUGAAAAGAAACUAGAAGAUUGGAACUCUUCAGGUAUUACAGUCUCUGAGAGAUGGGUGGAAGUCUUUAAAGAGAUGAAAACAGAGAAUUUGAUCGAAGAGCUGAACGUCGGCGUGGCCCUGUUCCGAGACGUCCUGCUGAGCGUGAGCAGUGCCCAAGACGGGCCCGAGCUGAGACAGCGGAUUCGAACCCUGAGGCAACGCUGCGUGGCCGCCUGCGUGGAUGCGUCGCACUUGCUGCUUCCUCACAUACGAAGCGCCGUGUCAGACGGCAUCCCCGUGGACUCCCAGCAGCUGGUGAACUUGGUGUGCUGCACUCAGAUGCUGCUCCGCGAACUGGUCAAGUGUCGGGCGCUGCUCGUCGCCAACCGCAUGGAGAUGCGGGACUUCGCCGAACCCGCAGGUUCAGGAGUUACGGUGCUGGACAAACUGGUGCUCUGGCGACCGCCUCCGAAAGACUACCACGUGGAAGAGCUGCGAGCCAUCGACAGAGACAGGGAGAAUGUACAGACGGUCCUGGUCGAAAUGCAGGAGUUCAUGCCACACGAAACCAACUGCAAGACCCUGAUUGAGGAGGGCCUGCUCAAGUGGCGGCGCAAGGGGGGCCUCUACGGACAGCUGGGACACCACCUGUGCUGCCUGUGUAGAUCGCAACUCAGCUAG